UGAGAUUUGCUUAAACGACAUCAUUUAACAACCGACAUCGUCCCAAUCCCAUUAAAAAUGGCAGCUAAGUUUGUCGUAAUCCUCGCCUUCGUGGCCGCGACUCAAGCGUCGAUACUUACAUCUCAAGAUAACGACUACACAAGCUUCGCAUACGAUGUUGCUGAUCCUAACACCGGAGACUACAAGAGUCAAGUGGAAUCAAGAAUCGGAGGCACGGUCAAAGGUCAAUACUCCCUAAUCGAUCCUGACGGCACAAAACGUAUCGUCGACUACACCGCUGAUGAUAUUAAUGGAUUUAACGCAGUCGUCAGGAAGGAACCGAUCACUCAAGCAGUAGUUCCUGUAUCUGCUGCCGUUAUUCCUGCCGCGACACCAGUCGUAUCUACUCCAUUCCGUACCAUUUCUUCACCAUCAGUGUACUCUGUAGGAUCUCAGUACUUCGCUUCUCCAAGUGUCUACAACGCUAGGAGUUACGCCACACCUUAUUAUUAUCCGCGUUCUUCCACUUACAACUCUUAUGCUGCCCCAUUGAAUUAUUAUUAUUAAGUACUCAACACGACCUGCGAUGUAAAUAUGUAAAAUAUUUGUUUUCUUGAUAAUAAAAUGUUUCAGUCCAA